GUCACUCUGGCCUACACAACUUAAUUUCCAAGAGAAAAGAAAGGGCCUUGAGCCAGCCGGGGCCACACCAUCAUCCUCAACCAACGGCGACGCUGCUGCCGCCACCGCCGCGCCGCUCAAAGCUCAAACAACUUUUGCUGCGGUCAGAUCGCGUCUGCCUUGCUCUGAGAGAGGACACGCGCGUUCGCGACUACGGUUGUUUUCACCACGUCGGCCAAUCACAACAAACAGUGCAUGCUCGGGUUUCGAACUUACCUCUGUGGAUUGUUUUGAAACAUUUGUGAUGUGUAGGAAUAUGUAACAGACAUUUGGAGUACUAACACACGUUGGAUUUAUCAAAACUGCCAUGUGGCCGAUCAUGCUGACUCUGGCUUGGCUGGGCAGCAAGAUGAUCACGGUCUCCGAAGCGAUAGCAUGCGAGGAGGCGCGCUGGAAGUGCGGCUAUCGAGUUGGCUGCGGAAUGGCACUUAGGAACUACAUGGUGGGUUGCGAGGUGGUACUUAGGGGCCCGUAUCCGGACAAGUGCCCCGAGAUGUGCAUGCACUCGCUCAUCGCACUUACUUCUACGGAGGAAGGGAUGGACCUGAUGAACUGUGAAUGCAGCGACGAGUUCUGUCUAGACCAAAAACGCAGAACAGAGGUCUGCCGCGCGGGAGUGACCCAUUUCAUGAAUCAGCCCGUUGUCUCCUGCAGUGUAGCCCAAUGGAUCUGCGGGGCUGAUGCCCUGUGCUCGAAGGCCCUAGAGUACUACAAUCGGUACUGCCGGGCGAUGUUCGCGGGGAAGAAGUGCAAUGCGAGGUGCAACAAUUCCGUCAACAUCCUGCAUAGGCAGGAGAAAGCUGCUAGGUUAUUCCAGUGUAAAUGUGAUGGCAAAGAAGAGUACGACUGCCUAGCAAUUCAAAGAAACAUGAACAAAUUGUGCUUCGCGAAGCACAAACACCCGAACCACACGCAUCAUGACGCGCCUCAAGUGCCCAAACAAGACCAGGACCAAGUGCCGACUGUGGUGCUGACCAACGGGUCUGUAGACAGGACCGUACUCAGCCCCAUGGUGUUCAUGAUACUGUUUGUCGCUAUCGGACUGGGGACGUGAGAGAGGUUGGCACCAUAGUAUGGUGCUAGCCGGGGACAGGGCUGUAUUCAGCCCAAUUGCACCUAACAGAGGUUGGUACCCCUGCCCCAUUGACAUACAACAAGUGCAAACUACCUCGUUUCUUAGCAGUAUUUAAGUCAUUUUGUAACGUCGGAGUUGAUUUUUGGGACUAUUGCUAUAUUCAGGGUGCACCAUGAUCAGUAUGCUAGUUGCGUUUUUUAUAUUAUACCUAGAAAACGUAGUACUUUUGAAAAACUUCCGAUUUAUUAAGCCCCAAGAGAUAUUCAUAACAUAAAGCAACGCUAACAGAUUAAGCUGCUUUUUACCAUUUCUCGUUAAAAAAACUGUUUUGAGGUAAAGGUAAAAUCCUAUCAAAACUGCGAAAAAAAUUCAUUAUAUUUUAUUUGUUCUCAGCAUAAAACUUUGACAACUGAUUCUGAAACACCCUGUAUAUAGAUAAUAUCACUUUGACGUUACGCCUUACCAUACGUACAAUGUGAUAGAGAAUAAUGAGUUUCAUAAUUUUUAGUUCCUAUCGCACACACUUCGUCUGUAAACUUUCCUCUAGAUUGUUUCAGAAUUCUGAAAAAUAGUACAAAACAAUCAAAUGGUCGCCUUGUAUAUAAUAAAUGUCUUAUCCAAAAACAUGAAAAAUAAUCCGGCACUAUGCAAACGGAUUUUUUCAAUGAAAAAGUGAAUUUUUUUUUCGGAGUUAUAGAAAUAUAAAUUACGUUAUAUUGUCUGAAAGACAAUGUACAAUAUUUCUAUACAAGAUUAUUUAUAGACUUUAUGUUUUAAAAAAUAACUUUAUUAAGUCGAACUCAAACCAGUGCGCAAUCAUAUCUUUUUUUAUGUACAUAACUCUAUACCGUUGUCCGUGUACCAGUUUUAUAUGAUAUUUAUUGUAAUUGAGAUUAAAAACCAAAUUUUAUGUAAUGCUUCGUUUGCAAAAAACUAUAAUAGUCCUAAAUUUAAAGGUGAAGGACCUUCCCGUUUAAAAAUUAAAACCUACAAUUGCCAAAUGUAUCAAUACCACGAAGUAAAAGCUAACAAAAAAUAAUUUCUAAAGUGCGUUCUAUCUAUCUUAUCAAAUAACCAAUAACAGAUUUUUUGAAAUGGCUUUUUGUAUAUUAUUUUCAAACUAAAUAAUAUAAAAAAUUCAGACGAGCAAUGUCAAUUAUUAAAAUAACUGAAAAAAGUAAUAAAGCAUAAAGUAAUACUCACUUGAGCAUAAGGCCUCUCUUCAUGGAUUUUAAAAAAACAUCGCUUUUGGUAUACCAAAGAGGGCUUGUUGCUGUACAUAGCUUUAAGUUAUUGAUAAUCUAGUGCUGAGAAUUGUCCAAUUUUUGUAAAAAUGUAUAUAUUUAGUCAGAACCGUAGCUACCCCGAAUGUCAGCUAUAACAUGUUUUUGAUAUCUGAUGAAAGAAUCAUGAAUAGUGUGAAGUAUGUUAAAUAUUUUUUAGUACCUUCUUUUUUGUAUUUUGUACAUUUUGUUAUAAGAACUAAUUUAUAUAGAUUUUUAAUUGUUUUCUUGCUAUCUUUGAGUUGAUUAUUAUAUACAGAGUAUGUAAAAAUUGAUGAUAAAAAAAUAAAUACAAGUUUUCUUUGUUAAA